GCACACAGGCAAGACGAUGAGCAACACUUACUGGAGCGCGCGCACACACACACUCAUACUUAUACUCAUACUUAUACUCAUAGGGCGUUAGAUGACACGGUGUUAAUGUAGUUUGUUAAGAGUUCCGCUCAGCGAACAUGCUGGAUCAGACUGAAGAAGCGCUGAAGUGCUGGAACAGCUGAAGUGGAGGAAGUAGGAGCUGUCCUCCUGUUCACCGUCUGGAGAAGCUGGAAGUUUUAACACGACAGCUGGAUGGAGGGAGAAGGAGGGUGUGAAGGAAAUCCCAGUGCUGAUGCGUCUGGGUCACUUCCCCCUCAGAGAGAAAAACACACGCCUGGAAGCGGAGAGUGUUGCAGUGUGGUAGAGAGCCCAGAGACGACACACACAGACACAAUGGGUCUGUCCACAGGUGAACAGGAGAAGGACGGUACCCCGGUGGAUGCCCCACAACCGGACUGCAUGACUAUGGGCCUCAAGCCCAUUGAACCUCUCUCUGGAACCAAGCUGUGUGGUUAUCUCCACAAGCAGGGCGGCCCGCUCCGAGCCUGGAAGUACCGCUGGUUCACGUACGAUGAGAAGAAGUGCCAGCUCUUCUACUAUCGCAUGGCACAGGAUGUGAACCCGCUGGGCAAAGUGGAGCUGUGCAAUGCCACGUUCAGCUACCCACUGCAGGGAGAGGAGGGCACCUUUCAUAUACAGACACCAGAGCGCACAUUCAUACUAAAGGCUGCAACCUGGGAUCUUAAGAUGUACUGGCUGCAGCAGCUACAGCUGAGAAGAUGGCAGCACAGAGACCAGCUGAGUUCUGACUGCUCCAGAUCCACCUCAGAGACCCUCACCCAGGAUGGACAGCAGCUCUUAGAUACCUGCCCUGCAAACUUCCUGCCUACAGUGAAGAUUCCCUCAGGUUUGGUGGGAGAAGAAGCUGCCAGUGUGCCUGUGCAAGCCAACCCUCUCAACGUCUCCAUCAAACACCCGCUAAUCGAGCUUCAUAACACGAUGUGCAGCUUGCUUGUUCGCCGCCCAUCUCAGGAACGCCGGAGUAUAUUUUGGUUGAAUUCUUCUCUCACUGAUACCUCCAAGACAGACACCUCCAAUACCUCCUCAGCCAACAUACCCACCAUUGCCGUUUCUCCUGCCCCAUUGUCUCCUCAAAGUGAAGUCCAGCCUCCAAAGGUGGACUAUGAGAAGCCCAGUGAUGACCCACAGGUUCCUUGUUCCUCUUUCUCUUUGCCCAAUGGGAAAAAGAAGAAAUGCAACUCAGCCACCUUGCCCAUUGACCGCAAGGAGGCAAACGCCCUUGAACGCACCUCCCGACUCCAGCAGGAGAAACUGACUCUGGCUGAGGAAGUCAAAGCCCAGAAGGAGUUGGUGUGGUUGUUGCACAAAGCCCUGGAGUCAGCUCAGCUGGAGAAGCGUGCGUGUGCUGAGUUUCUGGCGGCUGAGGGCGAACAGGAGCGUCUGGAGCUGCUGCGGCACGGCGAGCGCUGCGCUGCUGACCUGCGGUAUCAAGUGGAGCGGCUAAAGCGUGAGAAUGAGGCCUUGCAGAGGAGUCUGAGCGAACGGGACGCACAUGUAAUUGAGCUGCAGAGCAACAUAAAGCUCCUCAUGGAAAAGAACCAGGCCAAGCAGCAGGUCAUUGUCAAGCUCUCUGAUGAACUGACAGAAUGUAUAGCUGACCCACAGCGCAGCAUUUCCUCAGCAAGCAUCAGCAAGCAAACGUUUAGACAGAUGUCUCAGGAGCUGGACAGCCUCAAGGAUGAUAUAGAAGCUUAUAAGACCCAGAACAAGUUCCUAAACUCUGAGAUCUAUCAGCUGACUAAGCUGUGGAGGAACAGUUCAGAACAGGAGAAAAGUCUUAUGGUGAAGUGUGCCUAUCUGGAGGCCAGCAACUGCCAGAUGGAAAGCCGGUACCUGGGGGUCCUGCGAAAAUUACAGGACACGAAAUUGCUGAAUGCUCAGCAGAGAGACACUGUGAGGACGCUAAUAGAGGACGCACUGCAAGAAAACAUUAAAGAUGUUAUAAAGCUCGACAGCGUAAGAGAAUUUGACGAGUAUGGCUUUAAGCUCAUCCCUGACUACGAGGUGGAGGACAUGAAGCUGCUGUCUAAGAUCCAGGCCCUGGAGAUCCGCUCCAACAACUUGCUCCAGCAGGAUAUUGGGGACAAGUCUCUGUUAGCCCGCUGGACACAGUACCUGGGAGGCCGCUCCCCCGAUGACCUCGCCUUAUCUCCAGAGCUGAAGGGUCUCCUGCGGUGGGGCAUCCCUCGUGAGUAUAGGCGCCGAGUGUGGAGCUGGAUGGUGCGGACCAGGACCAAGUCUGAUCGGGAGCGCCAUCCGGACCUCUUUCAGCAGCUGUGUGAAAAGAGCCUCACCACACCACACCCAGCAUCCAGACAGAUCCAGCUGGACCUACACCGCACACUGACCACCAACCAGCACUUCUCCUCCCCAUCUAGCCCAGCCCUGCAGCAGCUCCACCGGGUCCUGCUGGCGUUCGCCUGGCAGAACCCUGAAGUUGGCUACUGCCAGGGACUUAACAGGCUGGCUGCUCUUGCAUUGUUGGUGCUACAGAACGAAGAGGAUGCGUUCUGGUGCUUAGUGACCAUAGUGCAGUCCCUCAUGCCUCAAGACUACUACACCAAAACUCUCUUGGGCUCUCAGGCAGACCAGCGUGUGUUUAAGGACUUUAUGGCGGAGAAGUUGCCACGGCUGGUGGCCCAUCUAGAGGAGCACAAUGUAGACGUGUCCCUCAUCACCUUUAACUGGUUUUUGGUGGUGUUUGUGGAGAGUUUACCCAGUGAAAUCCUGCUUAAAGUUUGGGAUGCUUUCUUCUAUGAAGGCACUAAGGUGAUAUUCCGAUAUGCUCUUGCUCUUUUCAAAUACAAAGAAGAGGACAUCCUUAAGAUACAUGACAGCACAGAAAUCUACCAGUACCUCCGCUUCUUCACCAAAACUGUCACAGACAGCAGGAAGUUGAUGACCAUCGCCUUCACAGAGUUGAACCCGUUCCCAAUGAAGCUUCUUCGGAACCGGCGAGCUCUGCACCUGCAGCGUCUGCAAGCUGAGCUCAGCGAACUGGAAAAGCUGCAGAAAGAGUAUGCCUCAGAGAAAAGCCAGCGCAAAGACAAGGACCUGGACCUAAAUGCAAGCGAGGAUGAUGAGGAUGUAUGGAUAGUUUAAAGAGAGCUCAGGACAGGAAUACAAUGGCUGAAUAAGGUCACCCUAAGGUCUUAACACAUACUAUACAUAUCAGGACAUGAUUAGUUUCUCAGGGAGUCCUGGGGUAAUUUUCUCUUUUAUUGGGGGUCCUCUGUGAUUUAAUUCCCGUCUGGAACGACCAUGUAUGUGGUUUUCCUCAGACGUUUGAUGAGAAAAUUACAGGCUGAAUUACCUACUGUUUAUCGCUGAACUCCGUGGUCCUCCGGUAAUUUUAGUCCCGUCCGGAUCCACAUCUCUGAGUUUCGUCACCUCGCGUUUAAUGAAAUAGCUUUUUGUCCAUAAUUACACUUUGGGCGCAUGUUUCCACUGAGAUCCACGUAAACACAACAGCGAGUGGAACUGGAGGAGCUACUGAACACAAGGUCAUGUGACUGAGAAAGCUUAAAAACUCACCGGUCCUUCUGUUUUUCAUUUGCAGCCCAGAUGCAAGAGUUUUAUCACUGAGUGGAAGUGUGAAAUAUUUUUCACAGACAUUUCCAUGAGAAACUAAUCCUGUCUAGAUAGGGCUUUAGUAGUGCAGGUAUGCACCAGAGCACACUCACACCACAAAUUUGUACGGGACAGUACAGAUAUCAGGACAGUCCUUGUACAGCAGUGUUUCUUAAUCCUGCUGCUCACUGUGUAGCAUAACUGUUCCCUGCCUCAUGCUUCUCAUGACACUCAUGAAGAGCUUGGUGAUCAGUUGAUGAGCUGGAUUAGGUGUGUUGGAUUAGGGAAUGUUUGGAACUGGUUUGCGUAGUGGGUCCUCAGGAAUAGGAUUAAGAGAUAUUGUAAUUUACACACACAUAUAUAUGUAUCUGAGAGACACAGAGCUGGGCUAUUACUGGGAGAUGUGUGGGAUUCUCUCUUCUGAGUGAAUAUAUACUUGUAUACACACUGACAUGCCAAAAGUUAUGGGAAACUACUUAUUGCUUUCCAGGAAAGCCAAGUAAUGCUGCACUGACCUUGACCAGCUGGAUAUGUGUGUGGGGCCUCCUGCAUUUAAUGUGGAUGAAAUUUCUCUCAGAGUCACCUCCAUCUGUUUGUCUACUGCACUGUCCCCAGUGGGUGUUUAGGCUAUCUAUGACGUUUUUCCUGGUACACCUGUGUAACUGUUGAUCGAGGAAAUGCCUACACAACUUCGGCAAUGGAAUGUCCCAUCUACCUGUAACCCACUAUCAGGCCUUGCCAUGAGCACACUGGCCAGUAUUCAGCCUCACUCACAAAAUAUCAUUUGUAUAAUUUGUUUCUCUUUAUCUAGUUUAAAGACUAUUUAAUCUAAUUUCAGGUCACAUUUAUGAAAAGAAUAUGGCAAAAAGGUUCACAAACUUUCUAGAAGCCCACUUUUUAUACUACAGUGGUCGUCACAAAUGUAUCUCAGUUGAAAAUACUUUUUUUAUACUUUAGCACUUAAGCAAUACCUUGUUGUAAUAUAUUGGUUUGUAAUAAAGUUAUUUAUAGUAAAUAA